AUGACAGAUGCCAUGGUUCAGAAGUUCUCCUUCCCUUUUUCUUCCUCACUGUGCCAUGGCCAACCUGAUGAACAGCCAGUUGCAGAGCAGAGAUCCCACCAAGGCAUCAAACAGCUGGACCAAGGAACACUAAAGGCAGCAAAGGACCCAAAUAAUAAUCCAAACCAAAACAACUCAAAACUGGAGUAUGAGGACACAGUGUCUGUACCCAAGGUCAGAGAAGCACAAGCUCUCAGCACAGAUCCUGACCUCCAGAACAUAGAUAUGGUCUAUUCUGUAAAUGGCAGUGCUUAUUCAGAGCCUCCAGCAAGCACAAACGGCACCAUUAAAACCUAUUUGACUUCUGAUAAACAGAAAAGGGAUUCACUAUCAAUGGAGAAUAGGCAGUCAAAAGGCAAGGUUUCCUACAAGACUGUGUUUGAGAAAUGGGCAAGCCUGCAAUAUGAAGAACAACGGCCUAGUACAAAGCGUCAGCUCUCUGCAGAGAGCACAGCAAAGUGUGUGACUGUAAGGAAGAAGAGCACAGUGGAAAGCAAUAAAGAAAAGCCAGCAAAGCCUCUCUCACACACUAAUCCUGGCAUACAGCCCAGGAAAGCUGGUCUACCCAUACGCUCCUCCUGUCUGAGGCAGCCAAGAAGACAGCUGUUCAGCAGUACUGGGGUCUUCCACAAAGUAGACACACACGUAAUUAGCAAAGGGAGGGAGCUGAAAGAGCAGGGAGUGUUCUCACCUCAGAGCAUUGCUCGCAAAAUUACACAGGGGGCCAGAAAUGAGUUAGAAAAAAUCAGGGCCAUAUGGGUCUGGCUCUGCCAUAAUAUUGAAUAUGAUUUGGAUGGGUACCUCGGUCUUUCCCCAAAGCUCUGCACCCCAGAGGAAGUCAUUAAGGAGGGCCGAGGAGUAUGCAGUGGAUUUUCCAGCAUCUGUCUGGAGAUGUGCAGAGAAGUUGGUCUUCAGUGUGAGGAGGUGAGUGGGUACAGUAAGGGCCUUGGGCACUGGCCUGGGCACAGGCUAGCUGAUAAGCCUUCUGACCACAUGUGGAAUGCUGUGUGGGUGAAGGGGCAGUGGGGGCUUCUGGAUGCCUGUUGGGGGGCGGGCACUGUCAACAUGGACAUCAAAUCUUUUGUUAAGAGAUUUGAUGAUUUUUACUUCCUGACUGAGCCGAGAGAAUUUAUAAACUCUCAUUUUCCUGAUGAUGAGAACUGGCAACUGCUGGAUACUCCAAUCUCUCUGGAACAGUUUGAACUGAUACCAUUAAAGACCUCAGCAUUCUAUACACUGGGGCUGACCCUUCUACAACCCACACAGUACAAAAUAACCACAGACGAUGGGGAGACAACUGUGUCUGUAAGCUCAUGCAGACGGUUGACCUUUGCCUACGAGCUCAGGCAGCAGGACCCGGAGACAGGAGCUGCAGGACAGAAUGAGGUCGAUGGCUCUUGUGGUUUGCUGUCAGUGACACAGCAGGGCAUGAGUCUUCGUCUGCUGCCACCAGAGCCAGGAGCCUAUGAGCUGAAGCUGUUUGCGCGACCAGAAGAUGACACUGGCACUCUCCUCUGGGUCUGUACUCUGGAGCUGGAGUGUCCAGCUGUCCAGCAGAGCCAGUCACUGCCUGCUAACCCCUAUCUGAGUUGGGGCUUAGGGUACAAUGCAGAAGUGCAUGGGGUGAAGGGCUGCAGUGUGUCAAACCAAGACCCUUUGGAGGUUUGUGAGAGAGGAGAGUGUGAGGUGGUGCUACACACCUCACGCCCCUUGAUGAUGGUGUGUGAACUCAUACACCCUGAACUUGACUUUGCUCUGGCUAAACGCUGCCUGGCAUUGCAAAUAGCAGCAGAGCAACUAGUAUGCAACGUGCAAUGCCCAUACAAAGGCUAUUACCGUCUUUCUGUGUUUGUGCGUGAUUACGAUGAUGGAAGUGGUUCCUUUCAGAAUGUAGGGAAUUUCUUGCUGCGAUGCAGAGGCUUAGGAGUGAAUCAGAACAUGCUAUACCCCCCUGAUCUUAGUCAUUGGUGUGGACCAGGAAUGCGCACUCAAGCAGCCGGACUGUCUCACUUCAGCCACACAGGAGCAUUGGUGAAUUUGUCUCAGGGUCGCUGUAAUAUUACUUUCCACUGUACCUCAUCACAACUGCAAAUACAUGCAGUCCUCAGUGCAGAGUCAUAUCAGAAGAACAAAGAAAAAUUGAAUCAAGCCGUCUUUCCACUGUCACGACACAUUUUGCUCACGUUCACAGACAGCAAAGUGACAGUGAGCGUGUGUGUACCGCAGCCUGGAGUCUAUCGCUUGGGUUUGUAUGGACGCACACCCCCUCAGCAAGACUACGCACCACUGUGUGACUACGUGCUACGAAGUGCGUGUGACAGAUGUGGAGAACCAUUCCCAUGUGUGUAUUCAGCGUGGGGGAAAGGGUGCGUGCUGUUGGAACCACGUGGAGGUGUGCUGGCUCCACAGAGCUGGGUGUGUUUCCGUGUGCGGGUGCCAGCAGCACGGAGAGUGAGCGUGUUAGCAGAGGAGCAAGUAAAUUUAAAAAUGAAUAAGAGCAGGGUGUGGGAGGGCAAGGCCUUUACAGGGAACCUCCCUCAAAUUAAACUGACUGCAGCCACUUCGGACACCAGCGACAUGGCUGUGCUCAUGACCUUUGAUGUCCUCAACCUGGAGAGCAAACUGUGA